CAAGUAAAGUCGGCAGAAUUCGCUUCCUGAAUAAAGAUGCGCCCCUCGACCUUUCCCGGGGAAACCCUAAUCGAUUUCAAUCCCCGUGAAAUAAAAAUCCAGCAUGUUUCUUUUCUUCGCGAAAGUAAUGACGGUCUGAAGAAGAAGAAAAGGAGAGGGGAACAAAAUUUUUGAUCCAAAGAAAGAGAGGAAAGAAAGAAGAAAUCAAAUCGAAAAUGGAUCCAAAAACCUUGGCCAAGUCGAAGCGAAAGCACACCCAGCAGGGCCGGAAGAACCACCCGCCGCCUGCCGCCGCGAGCGCCCAGAAGAAGAAGCCCGCCCCGGCCGCGGCCGCCGCCGCUGCCGCCGGAGCAGGAGAAGUGGCGAAGCCCCGACGAGCCCAUGCCCGCGCCCGCGAUCUCCCCUCCAACUGGGAUCGCUACGACGACGGCGACGACAGCGGUGAUGGAGCCGAGAGCUCUGCCGGAACUAAACUGGUCGACGGCGAGAUUAGACCUAAGAGUAAGGGCGCGGACUUCCAGUACUUGGUCGAUCAAGCUCGGUCCCAACAGGAUUAUCGCGAUCUUGGGACGUCCGAGUCCGCCUUUUCGUUGGACGAUCUUCCGUCGGAUUUUAUACAGGGAAUAAGCUCUAUGCUUUCUGUCAGGGGAGAGAGCCUCUUAUCUUGGUGUGCAGAUGACAAUUUUAUUGUCGAUGAUGACCCCACAUCAAGUUGCGAGGCGAAUUUUCUCUCCAUGGAUUUGCAUGCACUUGCUGCACAAUUAUCAAAACUAAAGCUUUCGCAGAGGCUAUUUAUUGAAGAAGAUUUAUUACCUGAAGAGCUGCAUAUUAAUGAGUUGAAAGCGAACCAGAUAUAUGAGCAAUCAGAAGCAUCAACAAUGAGUGAACAUAAGUACAGUUUGUCUCUGGGAGGAUUUGAUGGUAAUACGGGGUUAGAAAAGUCUGCAGAUGGCCAAAUUGAUCAUUGGAACUCUUGUAAUGUUCAUGGAAUCACACGUGAAGCAGUGGUGGAGAAAUGUCAAACCCAAUCCUCUACAGAACAGGCUACCAAGUUUGAUCCAAUUAAUGAUUCAACACCUGUGGAGCUGUCUGGCAGGCGAGAAGUUCAGGGAUCCAUACUGCAGCUUAGCAAGCAUACUGUUCCAGACUUGAAACAGAACAGAACUUCCAGGUUUGAAGCUGCAGCAGCGGCAGAAGAGCUUGACAUGCUUCUCAACUCAUUGAGUGAAACCAGUCUUUCUAGCUCCCAUUCAGAUGGAAUCACCAAGGAUGCAUCAACUUCUCAUGAUGCAACAUUUAAUUCGUCAGUCCAUAUGAGUCCACUAUCUGUUGGUCAAGAUCCUAAUUCCUCAGGCAAUGCUGGUACAUCUCUUGCUGAUGCAAUCGAUGAUUUGCUUGCGGAAACCUCCCUGUCUCUGAAAGACCAGAAGUAUACAGUUUGCCCACCAAAUGAGGGAGCACUGUCCCCAACAAACCUUUCUUUUCAGUCACUUUUGGGUUCAGAACCCCCAGGCAACUCCAAUUCCUCGAGCCAAGUGGCUAGAGAUGCAACUCUUGAUGAUGCAAUCGAUGAUUUGCUUGCAGAAACCUCCUUUUCCCUUAAGGAACAGAAGCACAUGGCUUGCCCAGAAAAGCAGGGAACAACAUCAUCGAUGCAUGCUCCUUCUCAUUCUCCCUCAGGCUCAAAACCUGUAGAUGACUUUGAUUCAUGGUUUGACAAACUUUAAGAAUCAUUUGGAAUCUGAAGAACAGGAUGUUAUCAAAUCAGCAUGCUAUCUUUGUUAUGGUUGCUGUUCUCUGCUUCGAAGUGAUCAAGGUAGAACGGACCCAAUGCAAAUAUGAUACUCGUGAAUCGUGAUCCUCCAGCAGUAUGGUGCCUAGACAGCUGAACUAGUGAACCCGAAAGAUAAGGGGAUGCGGCAAUCUUCAUAUCUGAUGUUGUUUUUAUAAUCCUGCUCAGCUGCUUUCCUCAGGUAAUUGGUGGUUCUUGUGCUCUCCAAAAUGUUCUGGCAUGGGGUGUCAGUCUGUUGCGAGUGUAUGGGUCUUGAUGGAUUUUUGGCUCAUCUUUAGGGGAAUUGCAACAUGGCGGCUUCUGUGGUCUCUUGAACAAUGAGGAUAGAGUUUUUGCAUAUUGUUCAUAAAAGUUUUUGGGAUUUCUCAAGCUAAGAUAAAUCUGAAUCUGUUUACCUCAGGACUCCAGAUUCCUUGCCAUGGAGAGAUCCGAGGUGGCCAUUCCAUCGUCAAAAUGCUGUCCCAGUCCUACCCUUGCUUGUGAUCAUCAUGGCAUCAUCCGGCAGGCAUUCGUCAGGCCUUUGAUAUCUGAAAUUAUUCUAAAUACCUUUUGAGGAAAUUCUAAAAGAAAUUUAGAGAUGUCUAAAAGGAUUCUAAUUCUGCGGGUUCCCUUUUUGCUACCUCUUGUUUAGUUGCUUGGUUUGUAGAUGGUGGUGUCAUUUUAAUUUCCGAUUCCCAUUUUUUAUCAUAAUAACUGUAUGUCCACAAGCUAUCGCCA